AGUCUGCAUUUAGAGUCGCCAGCGACUGAUAGAAAAAUUGCGAAUUCUCUCGACAAAAAUGCCGUCCUCGCGAAAGACAAAGACAAAAAUGUCUGGCUUCGUUUCACUGUUUCGUCUCGUCGCACUGCGCCUUUCUACUUAUUGUCCCCACUGUUCUUACGAUGCUCGCGUGUCGCUCACGGUUCAGGCGAAAAAGAUGCGGCCGAGCCGCAGCAGUGCCGGAAGUAUGAAGGCAAAAACACGCUCCAGCCCCAAUCCUCCACCCGGGGAGUGGCGCAAUACCGACCGGUUGGCCCGCGAUGGUGAACACCCGAGUGAGUCGAGACAGUCGGCUGCGGCAGGGAGCGGCGGCAGAGAGGGCACAGGCGGUCAGGGUGGCGAAAGAGCAGCAGGGGCUGCGAGUUCUUCGGGCAGUUUUGAAACGAGGGCGGCAGACCACGCAGGGGGACCCGACCAACAUAUUGCUGACCUACUCUCCUCCCGUCCCUCCGGCCGCCCUCGGGGCGGACGCGGCGGAGGUGGGAGCAUUGCAACAGCUGCCGGCGAUGUUGGCCGAAAAGAUCGAGAAGGUACUUGGAGCCGGUCUUCACAGGAGCCAUACAAGACUGGGAGUACAUCGUCCACCGGUAAUAUCAAACGGCAGUCCACCAAGCCGUACGACCAAGAGCAGAGGCAAGCGACGCAGCUGCACCAGGUUCAGCAGCAGGUGAUGCUGCAGCAGGUAUUGCACCAGCAGGCGCUGCAACAACAGCUCGGUCUGGCGCACCAGCAGCAGUUUGCGAUGCAAAACGGAGUGAUGCCGAUGCCGCUGACGGUCCAGCAGCAGCAGGUGAUGCAGCAACAGGCACUGGCGCUGCAACAGCAGCAGCACAUGCAACAGCAGCACAUGCAACAGCAGAUCGCAAUGCUUUCCGCAAAUGGUCUGCUGCCUCCGCUUCCUCCUGCGCAGCAACAGCAGCUAUUCCACCAACAGCUGCAAAGCCAGCCCCUCUUGCACAUCCCCGUAGUGGCAGGGCAACCUCCGCAGCCUGUUCAGUUUAGCAUGGAUCAGAAUAGCAUGAUGAUGCACAACCACCCCGAUCAAAAUUCGCACCUGUUGAAUCAGCUCGGGUUGAUUGGAACUACAAAUGGCUCUAAUGCUUUUCUACAAGCCGCAGCACCGUACCCAGGAAAUAACCGCGGCGCGCAACCGUUCUCCUACCCUUCGCCGACGAAUUCUGGGCUAUCUCGGAAAAACAGGAACGCCGGCUUCGGCGGUUCUUUUCAGAACGCCGCUGGGGGUGGUAGCAGCAGUGGCAGCUACAAUACGCUGGGACAGACGAAUGCUAUGUUCCAGCAGCAACAGCCGCAAAUGAUGUACCAACAGGUUCCGACUGGGGUGCCGAUGCCUGGAGCUCACCCAUACCCAGCGGCUGGCGCGCACGCAACCUUUCAUCAGCAGAACCAGGCGCAGUUUGGAUCGCCUGAAGGGAACUACAAGCCUAGUAUGCCAUACCACGUAAUAUCAAGCGCAAAAGUUCUUGGGUUGCAAGAACAAUGUUGCAAUCGAAAUGAAACAUUAAAACGGUAGCUCUGAGAAGUUUGGUGCAUCGCCCUCGAUGCAGCUUCUUGCAUCAUUACUGCUGAAAUGAAGCUUUUGCGAAGUGCAUAUUGCCAGCAACAGCAGCGUAGCUCUUUGUCCGAUGACCCGCCACUCGUGACAGCCGCGGCGAAGCAAGCAGCAGAGCAGCAUUUGCAUUUGCUGCACACGCUGGGUGGGCAGCAGCUCAAGGACCUAAGCGAGUUUGAACCGGUUGCGCGACCAGCGACAAAACCCGAAGAAGAUUCGAAGCGGAUCGCCAACAUGCACCAGUUUCAGUUUGAUUUUCCGAAAGCGCGGGGAAGCACAAGCAGCGCUGCGAAGGCGGUCCAGUUUGCGGAGGCCCCCGGGACGGCGUCAUCAUCGUCAAAAACGGGAUCGCACCAUCAGGGAGAGCAUGGAAGUGAUGCCCUGCAGGCAGCAGAUGCGUCAAGACCAACUGGGGGAGCUGCUGCGUUUCACCCGGCUGGCGCUCUUGAGCAGCGAGACGAUAUGUUGACGCGGCAAGGGGCGGAGGGUCAAGAGGCGAAAAAGUAUCGCAACGAUGGCAUAUUGCAAUCCGCAAGUGGUCGCAUGACUUCCCCCAGCAACAGGCCCUCAGCCCUCGCUGCAGUACCAGAUGUGGACAUGGGUCGUGAACAAGACGAGCAGGAGGGCCACCAGCAGCAGGGAACAGUUAUCCGUCCCCGGUCGCCGCUCACCCCGGCGAACCUGGCGAAGCUGCAGGCCAGUCUGGAAAAGUCCGUGGACACGCUUUCCGAGGCGCGGUCCAACACACGCUCCCGGUCGGAGCUGCGCAAGAGUUACGAGAGCAUCAAAACGCCCUCGCAGGCGUGGUCGCAGCGCACACCGUCCAUGUACGGAGACCAUGCGGGGGAAAUGAAUUACAACUUCAUGCCAGCCAGCGCCUGGGAACUGCACCAGCACCAGCAACAAGGGCUUCUUGGUGUGCAGGAGGACUCCCCGGAACAAGACCAGGCGAGGACAGAAAGAAAUUCUGGAACAACGGCCGCAAUGAUGGACGAAAUGGUGGUGCCCGAUAUAGCACAGCCACCAUCGGACGGUCAAGAAGAAAGUGAGGACCGCAGCAGGUUGAUGCGGCCCCGAGUGGGGCUACUCGAGGAGGAUGCAAGUAGUGGUACUAUCGCAGGUGUUGACGACAGCGACUUUGCUUUGGAAAGUAACGAAUUCCCCGCGCAUUUGCAAAUUCAGCCCACCCCGUCGGCGCCGCGGGGUAGCAGCAAAUCCGUCCUGUUUCACCGGGACAGCCGCGGACUGCUUUUUUCAUCUUCAUCCGGCGGUACGGGUAAGAUUGGACAAGAUCAAGAAGCACACGAAGGGUCUCCGGAUGAAGAAGGGUUGUUGUACUACCAACAUCCGCCGCCCGUAGCUGCUUCAUCUUCCGACGCCGGUUCCAGCUCCGACGCAGGAGCUGGCGGGAGGGUUGCUCCCGCAAGCAGCUUUCGCCAAGCUUUGUCGUCAUCCGCGCCGGUCUUUCAGCCCAUGCAGAAGCAACAGCCCUUCCUUCCCGGGUUUACCAACUUUCAAGACUUCGUUGCCGCGACGCAGCAGCAAAAACAGGAUGGUCAGGAACUGACCAGAGCGAAGGCAUUUCUCUCAUCUUCGGCCGAACAAAGUAGCAAGGCUUCGAACUACAAUCGCGAGCAGCCGCAAUUGCCCUGCCUUUUGACGGCCGGGAGUUCUUGUGCGGCUGGAGUAUUAAAUCCGAACAAUCCGACUCGUGGACAGGAGCAGACAGGGCCGCCGAGCGUGAAAGUGCAGCUGGCCAAUUUUUUCCAAGCUAAUGAAAGUUCUGGAUCUACUAGUAGUGCAUUGGUACCAUCGGGGACGACCACGGCGGGUCACCAUCUCGUCGUGCCCGGAUCUUCAAAUUACGCGGGGGCGUCGCAGCACCCCUUUCUGCUGCCCGCGCCGCAGCACCCUGUGCCGUUGACACAGCCGCAACAGGAGGAGCUUUUGCGCGUAAGAAACCACCUGAAGCAGCUCGCGACCUACUCACCAGUACGUAAUGCAAUCGUAUUGAAUGAUGCUUCUUCAAGUCACAGAUCCUAAUGCCAAUUGCAAUCCUAGGUUUGUCUUGCAUUAGAACGGGCACUUACACAGAUGUAUUUAGGCUUCUCAGCAUUCGCAAGACAAGUAGAUCUGGUCGGGUACUUAACGUUAACUUAACGAGAAAAGGGGCAACAUUUUUGAAUUUCAUACGUGGGGGCGUGGAUGUACAAGCCGUGGGGGUACUGGCACCCGGACGGAACCUGGGUGCAGUACGACGAAAACAAACCAGCGCAGUUUCACCAGAGCUUCUCGAUUCGGCAGCAGCGGCACAGCGAUUGGUUUCGGCAGCUCUACCUGCAGAAGGACGCGGAGUCGCAGGUGGGGAAGUCUUUACUAGAUUUGCAGGCGCAGGAGGCCGCUCUCCGGAGUUCCAACAGCCGAUUGCAGCAGCUUGCGGCGUCGACCAACACGCUCCGCUCUGACCACAGUUCGCCCUACAACGGCGGCAGCUCUAACACGGCGCGCUCAACCUCGGCGCUGAAGAUGUCGCAGCAGUCCUGCGUGUCGUACCGAAGUGAAGAAAAAAGCCACCACCCCAGAUUCACAAGACAAUUUGCGUUGCUGGAUUUGUGUACACAAAUGAGCUUUCUAUUGCAGCACGAGCGUGGCGGCAGAUUCUAAGCCCACUUGGGUACUACGCAUCCGGCUUGCAACACUACAGCACGAGAAACAUGUCUGAAAAAGGCGAAAAGGCAUGACAGACUCGCUGUACAAUGCGCCACAUCGGCGCCGUUUGCCUUGUACGCAAGACAAAGCUGAUAUGUGGUCAGUAUCACAAAUUGGCUUUUCGAGAUGGGGAGGGGGGAUAAAUUUUUCCUUACGAUAUGUCCGGGUCUCCGAAAACGCCGCUGGAUUUGCCGGAGCUCGACGCGGUUUCGGUUUUGACCGGCGAAGACUUUCCCGAAGACGACAGCCGGCCGACCCGCCCGCGCGGCAACGACCUCGCCCGAAAGUCAAUCCGGCUCCCCACCGGGACUUCGUGCGCGUCGGAACAGGUGGGGGAUACACAAGCAGGCGGAGACGAAGAAGACCUGACUCCCUAUGUGGCGAAGAGCCGGAGUUCUGGCAGCGUGUCGAGGGUGACGAAAAAUCGCUUCGGCAUGCAGGAAGAGGACGAAGCUCAACUCAUUUUUCCGGUAGACAGUGCAACAGCAACGUCGGGGCUGGCGUCUGAGGAGGAACCUCCGAUGCGCAAGCGGCACAGCAGCCGGAAGUCCACUGCCCGGAGUUCUCUAUUGGAGAAUUUGGCGGAAGAAGGCGAGGAAGAGGGGGAGGAGGCCUUGCGCGACGAAUAUACCGGGGGCCGUGCCGCUGCUUCCUCAUCUGCUGCAGCCGCUCGUCCAGAGGAAAAAGAUUUAGAUGAACCCGUACCCGUCGAGAAGACUUCAAGUAGACCCAAGGAACUUUCAGCGAAAGACCACAAGCGGAAAGUCGCGAUGAAGAGGCUGGAACAGAAACAGGAACAGCUGAGUGAAAAUUUGCGGAAGCAGAGGGACGCGGCGGAGAAGCAGCAAGAGGAAAAUCAACGAGCGGAAAAAGCGCUGUUUGCCUCGCUCUGCAUGCUAUGCCUUGCAAAAAGAAAAUUGAUAUCGCACUCGUGCAAACUGCAUGCUAUGGCUAAGUAGUUUCUCUCCAAAAUAGAAGAAAAACGUGUCUUCGAUCACACGCAUUCAGAUCUUCAUAAAGUUAAAGCCUGUCGUGCGCAAAUGUUGUAUAAGGAAUUUGUUGUACAAGGAGCACGAGGACCAUUACGAUAUAAUUUUUGCACGGAAUGCAUGCCAUCCCUGAUUGACCAGGAGGGACCAAAGUCGGGACUGUGGCUGGCACACGUGCUGGGAAGAGAGAACCCGAAGUGGUACAACUACCAGGGGAACGAAGACAUUCAUGGUGCCCUGCGGCUGCCCGUCGCGGCACGGACUUCGCUCGCGGCGGAAGCGGCCACCGUCCUAACGCACGACCAAGGGAAGUGCCCGUCUGCGACGGCGCAACCGUCUAACAAGCUGUGCUGCAUCCGCCGGCGCGACCAGUGCUACGCGAACACGAAGCGCUAUGCUGUUAGAAAACAAUCUGUAGUUCCCACCUGAGUUUUUGCAUCUCCCUUUGUGCACGAGAAGAAGUUAGUACUAGGGGGUCGCGUGGUAGUGCGAUGUGGCCUGAAUGUCGCAUAAGUUGUAACUGCCCAGAGAUCGACCAUCGAGCUUAUCGACCGAAUGUGGACCACAUAGCAGGACGGUUGGGACAAUUGGUAUGCAGAGCUAUUCAUGAUGCGCUGACUUGUUCAUUCAAUUUUUGAGACCGCUGUCAUUUUUUCGUAUGCGCAUGAGCAAUGUUUUCAUGUUAAAGAAGCUGGUGAGUGGGAAGGUCUUUUCACAGGAUAAGCGGCUGGACGACGUGGAGAUAAAGCAGUGCAUUGCAACACUGUACUCCAAUGAAUUGAACGCAAUGCUGCUGAGCGGCCAGGUUUUGAUUUAGAACUGUGCAAAGUCUUAUUGGAUUUUUUUUUGUAUCGGUGAAACACGCAAUGUCAAAAGCAGGAGGGUAGUGCACGACUCUGCUUCUGUAAACUUCUUCCAGGGGUAAGGGUAUGGAACAAGCAAACCCUAAGUAGCUUGAGAAUUUAGAUUCGAAGUACUUCACUAGGUUUUGGGAAAGCAUCAGGUGUGUCACACUCACUCGAGUUAUUUCCCUGUUUAAGUGCGUCUACUUGCAUUCGUGUUAAUGUUACGUAGUAUGGCUUGCGAAACUUCUGAGUGUAAGCAAAACCCAUGGGACAGAAAGCAAUCGACGAUCGUUGUCCUACCGUCUUGCUGUUUCUAAAGAUGUACACCACUCGAUUGCGGGUUUUCCCGAUCAUGUGUAGUUUUGCUUUUUCAUUCCAAGGCAGAUUUUGGUAAAAGGGAGCAAGCGGGUGGUGUCGUAGAUUCUCCGCUAGGAGCAAAAAUGUUUGUAGUUUGUUUUGUCAAAUGUAAAGCAUCGAGAUGCGCUAGGUCCGCCACUGUUUGUCAAAUGAAAAAGAUCCGAAGAAAACUGCGAAAUUUAAAGUGGAAAAACCAGAAUCAUACGAAUAGAUACAACAAACCUGGCAGCAGAAAGAACCGACAGCGGUCUUCGUGGCCGUCCGCUGCGCACACGACAAGCAAAGGGUGGAAAUAUGAACCAAAGGGUCAACUACUAAUUUAUGAAAAAUUCUGCUCAUG